CUCCAAAUGCCUUGUAUAGAUUAUAUUUCUCCUUGCGCCUUCAAGUCUUUCUCAAAGCCCAAAUACCUCUCUCCAUCCCCUUGACUUCCCAAGGCCUAAGAUCGUUGAAAUUUGGCUUCAACGUAUCCAAGACUACUCAUAUGGCAAUUGCAGUCUCUGCAAGCUCUCUAAGGCACCCUUUUUGCCAAGGUUUUCUCUUACCUCCAAACCCCAAUAACUCCAUAACCAUUCCAAGCAUCUUUCUUAGAAAGGGUUUUGCUUUGAGGAAAAAACAGAGCUUCAGAAUAUGCUUGGUCAUGGAGAAGAAACCCGGGGUCGUUCUUGACGAGGAUGAAAAAGACGAGAAAGUAGAAAGCUCUGGAGAUGUGAAGAAACGUCCAUCGGUUUCACUUGCAAAGGAGAAACGAGCAAGAAAGAAAUCGGAAAGAUAUGCUUACCUUGCAGCUGCAAUCUUGUCAAGUGUUGGCAUCACUUCAAUGGCAGCCAUGGCUAUUUAUUACAGAUUCUCAUGGCAAAUGGAGGGUGGAGAGUUCCCUGCAUUGGAAAUGUUUGGCACUUUUGUUUUGUCCGUAGGGGCCGCCGUGGGGAUGGAGUUUUGGGCAAGAUGGGCUCAUAAAGCUUUAUGGCAUGCUUCGUUAUGGAGAAUACACGAGUCUCACCAUAGAGCAAGGGAGGGUCCAAUUGAGAUGAACGACGCAUUUGCAAUAAUAAAUGCAGUUCCAGCAAUCGGUCUGUUGUCAUAUGGGCUUUUCAACAAAGCCUUAAUUCCUGGUCUAUGUUUCGGUGCUGGGCUGGGAAUAACAGUGUUUGGGAUGGCGUACAUGUUCGUACAUGAUGGUUUAAUCCACCGUCGUUUCCCAGUAGGACCUAUUGCCGACGUCCCCUACUUGCGAAGAGUUGCUGCUGCUCAUCAGCUUCACCACUCGGACAAAUUUAAUGGGGUUCCUUAUGGAUUGUUUUUGGGACCUAAGGAACUAGAAGGCACAGAAGGAGGCAUAGAAGAAUUGGACAAGGAGGUCCAAAGAAGGAUCAAUCUACGUAAAUAGAUUUUUUUUUCAAUAUUUUAAUGUGAUUAGUUAAAUGGAAAUAAUCAUUGAAAAAAUUGAAGGUUGAAAUUUC